CUUUCCUGCUUCCCUUGAGUUCUUCCCCUUUUUAGGUAUUGAACUAUUGACCACUUCCCCUAAUUCAUACCCUCUCAUUUGUCUCAUCCCUCAACACUCUCCUCUCCUUCAGUCCUUCACAGUCACAAUAUGCUACCUUUCUGCAGUUCGAUCUGGGUAUUUGGUUUUUGAACCCUUCUUGAUGAUCAUCGCACUUUUUGUUCCCUCCCAAGUAUUCAAAGUCAUAUGAACUGUAUGUACUCUUCGGUGAAAGGAGAUCUGCAUGUGUGAUCCUUCGGAAUUCCUAGAAAUCUUGAGAAGCUGAACAGACCCGACAUUUAAAGAUUCAAUCUUUAUAUCCUAUCUUCACCAUCACUUUCUUUAAUUUGGUUCACUAAUGUACCCUUUUCUGAUGCCAAUCGGAUGGUUAAAAAUAAAACACGCAGAAUCAGAAUGGCAGCGAGAAAUGACCUGUUUUACCCCAUUGUUGGAUUCGGGUUGCUUCUUGCUUUUCUUGUAUACUUGUCUUGUGGGGAUUUCUGGAUGAAAUCUCAUGGAGCAACACAGUUGACUUUUGUGGAGCGGAAUGGGACCCAGUUCUUGGCAGAUGGCCGGGUCUUCUAUUUUAACGGUUGGAACUCUUACUGGUUGAUGGACCACGCUGUGGAUCAGGAUAGGAGAUCAAGAGUUAGCACCAUGCUUCAAGCUGGUGCUAAGAUGGGACUGACUGUAUGCAGAACUUGGGCCUUCAAUGAUGGUGCAUAUAAUGCUCUUCAGAUUUCCCCCGGGAAAUUCGAUGAAAGGGUAUUUAGGGCCUUGGACCAUGUAAUAGCUGAAGCCAGGAAAAAUGGGAUUAGGCUGAUACUCUGUUUGGUAAAUAAUCUCAAAGCAUACGGUGGGAAGACUCAGUAUGUUAAAUGGGCAUGGGAAGAAGGUCUUGCUUUAAGCUCUUCCAACGAUUCAUUCUUUUACGAUCCAAUCAUCCGUGGUUACUUCAAGAACUAUGUCAAGACAGUGCUUACUAGGAAAAACACAGUUACUGGAAUUGAGUACAGGGAUGAUCCAACUGUCUUUGCAUGGGAAUUAAUUAACGAACCUAGGUGCAUGACUGAUCCUUCUGGUGACACCCUUCAAGACUGGAUUGAAGAAAUGUCAACUUAUGUGAAAUCAAUUGACAGGAAUCAUCUGCUAACGGUUGGCCUUGAAGGAUUUUAUGGUCCAAAAGAUUCCAAAAGAUUGAAUGUUAAUCCUGAAUCUUGGGCUUCUGAUCUUGGCUCUGAUUUUAUUCGGAACUCAAAUCUCUCAACCAUAGAUUUUGCAUCUGUCCACGUAUAUCCAGAUCAUUGGUUUCCCGAUAAUCAAACUUUUGAUGAUAAAUUGAAGUUUGUGAAGAAGUGGAUGCUUUCUCACAUUGAAGAUGGUGACAGGAGACUGAAAAGACCAGUCGUGUUUGCCGAAUUCGGAUUGUCAAAUGAGAACAAGGAAAUCGAAUCAUCUCAACGUGACAGAUUCUUCAAGCUUAUUCUUGAAAUCAUAUUCAGGUCUGCAAAGCACAAUAAAUCAGGGGCUGGGUCUGUCUUCUGGCAGUUCCUUGUUGAGAAGAUGGAGGAGUAUAACGAUGAGUUCGGGAUUGUUCCUUGGGAGAGGCAAUCCAUAUAUAAUCUGAUCACCCAGCACUCUUGUAGGCUUGCGGGUGUUCAUGGACCACUGCCUUCUCAGAUAAUUUGUCAAGAGAGGAAGUGGGAAGAAGUGGGAAGUUAAUUUCGGGACUGUCCGAAAAGGAAAGUGCUUCUUUGGCUUAGUGUAGGACAAGGAGGAGAGUUGACUCGUUCUGGAUGUGUUAGUAAGCAAGGGUGCGGCCGUCCUGAGCUGCUUUCCGACGAAGAUGAGCCGUUGUUAGUCCGGCGGGAUACCUUCCUCGUCCUGGAUCUUGGCCUUCACAUUGUCGAUUGUGUUCGGUUAUUCCACAUUUGUUAAGCUAUAAUUUAUUUUACGUCCAUGCAAUUCUUCAAAUAACAACCUUUUGUUUUUUAUCCCUAAAAUUUAUGUUAGUUUAGUUUCUAGUCCAUCACCGAUGCA